AUGGAUACCCUUCCCAAAGCCGACGUUAUUUGGUGGAACGCGACCAGUUACUUCAUCAAAUGUCCCUUCUGCGAAGAAAUUCAUCGUCAUGGCAUAAACUGGAAAGGACACAAAGUGAGAUACUCGCAUUGCGAGAGGAUGAAAGAGUAUCUUUGCUGCUUUCCCAUGAAUGAUGAAGGGGAGGUCGCAUACGAAAUCGACAAGAAACGUGGGCGAUAUACGAAUAUUUGUGUACCUCAUGACGGCGAUGACGAGCGUGACAGUGACGUUGAUCAUUUGGCACUGGAGCUAGUUCUGAAGGCUAAGGCCACAGCGCAAAGAAGGCAAAGACGAAUUAUUCUUCAUGAAGACUCGAAAGAAGUGAUUGUCAAAGAUAGAGGAGACCACGCCGAGUCGUUCGAAAUGAAAAGAAUUCUUGAGGCAAUGGCCGACUGCGUCCAAGGAGACGUGAAAGCGGUACAGAAAUACUUGCACGCGGCUAUCGAAGGCCAAAUAUUCAUUCAAGGAGAAGACCAUGACGGCAAAACAACCCUGAUCAUGGCGGCAGCUGGACAAAGCUCGGAGAUGGUAUUACUACUCAUCAAAAACGGGGCUGAUGUGGAUGCCAAAGAUCGUAACGGGAGGACUGCAUUGAUGGAGGCAGCGCUCUUUGGCUGGGUUGAUAAUGUUAAGGUUCUCCUAACGCAUAAUGCAGAUAAGAAGAUUCGAGACGAUGAUAACCGACUAGCUAUUGACUUUGCUCAAGACCACAACAAAAACCGACGAGAGAUAUAUGCUCGUUCCGGAGGAGACCUUGCACAUUCAAGUUCAUCUCGCCCCCGUUUAGGGUAUAUCGAGGACACAUUUAGCCGAGAUAUUGACCGCAAGGAAAUUGUACAGCUGCUUGGUGGAGACACCCGGAGCUCAAGUAUUGUUCUUGAGAGGCCUCCCACUUUGUCGCUACCCAAUUCUUACUCGUUUAAGCCCUCACGCUCAUUCGGGCAGGAUUCACUGGUACUUUGUGGGCCGAUUGAGCAAUACCCAAUCACCAAAUCUUGGAAGACUGUGGCGCAUCUGGAACGCGGCGGGAAAUUUCCUUCGAUUGGCGCCAUGAGCGGAUGGUCACACUGUUCGGCCCAGUCUCUCAGGGUCGAUGGCCGACAGUGGACCGAUGAAGUGUUCUAUAUUUCAGAAAAAGUCGGUCAUUACUUGACUCCCAGUAGCUGGGAUCAUGAGAAGGCAGGUCAAUUCAACGCAUGUCAUGCUGAGAAGCAGUUGAUAGCAUAUUUCAUCGAUCGCCAUGUGUUUCUCCCUCGCGAUAGCGUGCCUGAUGUGGAUUGGAGGCGCAAAUUCAAUUGA